GCUCUGAGAUUCUGCCUCUUUCUCAAGCCUGCGGAAAGGGGGCGGGUCCGAGACGCCGGCAGAAGCCGAGGGCGUGUCUGGAGGCCCUGGUGCCGGAACGUUUCUGGCGACCGGAAGCCUGGGCCGGAGCUGCUGCUGGGACCUGGGCCUGAGACCCUGACCAGGCUCAGACCCCAGAUGGCGCAGUGGGAGAUGCUCCAGAACCUUGACAGCCCAUUUCAGGACCAGCUGCAUGAGCUCUACUCAAACAGCCUCCUGCCGAUGGACGUUCGGCAGCACUUGGCUGUCUGGAUUGAAGAUCAGAACUGGCAGGAAGCCGCGCUGGGGAACGAUGCUGCCAUGGCUAAUAUGCUAUUCUUCCACUUCUUGGACCAACUCAACUCUGAGUGUGGCCGAUGCAGCCAAGACCCUGAGUAUUUUUUGCUACAGCACAACUUGCGAAAAUUCUAUCGGGACAUUCAGGCCCUUCCCACUGGCUCUACCCAGUUGGCUGAGAUGAUCUUUAACCUCCUUCUGGAAGAAAAAAGAAUUCUGACCUGGGCUCAGAGGGCUCAGCUGGAGCAACGAGAGCCAGCCCCUGAAGCACCUGGGGAGAGCCAGCAGCAUGAACUUGAUUCCCGGAUCCUGAAAUUACAAGCUAUGAAGGAGAAGCUGGUGAAAUCCAUCAGCCAACUGAAAGACCAGCAGGAUGUCUUCUGUUUCCGAUAUAAUAUCGAGAAAUCAGUGAAGACACCUUCUUUGGACCCCCGUCAGACCAGACGGAUGGACAUUCUUCAGGAAACACUCAAUGAACUGGACAGACAGAGAAAGGAGGUGCUGGAUGUCUCCAAAGCACUGCUAGGCCAGUUAACUACCUUAAUUGAGCUAUUGCUGCCCAAGUUGGAGGAGUGGAAAGUCCAGCAGCAGAAAGCCUGCAUUGGAGCGCCCCCUGUCGGAGGGUUGGAACAGCUGGAAAAGUGGUUCACAGAUGGAGCAAAGCUGUUGUUCCACCUGCGGCAGCUGCUGAAGGAGCUGAGGGAGUUGAGUCACAUGGUCUCCUACGAGGGGGACCCUCUGAGCAAAGGUGUGGACCUGCGGGAGGCCCAGGUCACAGAGCUGCUGCAGCGCCUGCUCCACAGAGCCUUUGUAGUAGAAAAUCAGCCCUGCAUGCCCCAAACUCUUCAUCGACCCCUCAUCCUCAAGACAGGGAGCAAGUUCACCGUCCGAACAAGGCUGCUAGUGAGACUCCAGGAAGGCAAUGAAUCACUGACUGCGGAAGUCUCCAUUGACAGGAAUCCUCCCAAAUCACAAGGCUUCCGGAAGUUCAACCUUCUGACCUCAAACCAGAAAACUUUGACCCCCGAGAAAGGCCAGACUCAGGGCUUAAUUUGGGACUUCGGCUACCUGACUCUGGUGGAGCAGCGUUCAGGGGGUUCAGGAAAAGGCAACAAUAAGGGGCCGCUGUCCGUUACAGAGGAAUUGCACAUCAUUAGCUUCACAGUCAGAUACACCUACCAGGGUCUGAAGCAGGAGCUGACAACGGACACCCUCCCUGUGGUGAUUAUUUCUAACAUGAACCAGCUCUCAAUUGCAUGGGCCUCGGUUCUGUGGUUCAAUCUGCUCAGCUCAAACCCCGAGGACCAGCAGUUCUUCUCCAACCCCCCGAAGGCCCCGUGGAGCUUGCUGGGCCCUGCUCUCAGUUGGCAGUUCUCCUCCUAUGUUAAGCGAGGCCUGGACUCAGACCAGCUGGGCAUGCUGAGGGACAAGCUGUUUGGGCAGAACUCCAGGACUGAGGAUGCGUCCUUGCCCUGGGUCGACUUCAUUAAGCGAGAGAGUCCCCCUGGCAAGCUACCGUUCUGGACGUGGCUCGACAAGAUUCUGGACCUGAUACAUGACCACCUGAAGGAUCUCUGGGAGGACGGACGCAUCAUGGGCUUCGUGAGCCGGAACCAGGUGCGCCGGCUGCUGAAGAAGACUGUCUCCGGCACCUUCCUGCUGCGCUUCAGCGAGACGUUGGAGGGGGGCAUUACCUGCUCCUGGGUGGAACACCAAGAUGACGACGAGGUGCUCAUCAACUCGGUGCAGCCCUUCACCAAGGAGGUGCUGCAGUCACUGCCGCUGACCAAGAUCAUCAGCCAGUACCAGAUGCUGACGGAGGAGAACGUACCUGAGAACCCACUGCGCUUCCUCUACCCGCGGAUCCCCCGGGAUGAGGCUUUCGGGUGCUACUCCCAGGAGAAAAUUAAUCCCGAGGAACGGAAGAAAUACCUGAAACACAAGCUCAUUUUUGUCUCUAACAGACAGGUGGAUGAACUGCAGCAACUGCCGGAGCUCAGGCUGGAGCCAGACCUGGAGUCAUUCGAGCUGGACCUGGGGCUUGCCUCAGAGCCUGAGCACACGCCAGGCCUGGACUUAGAGCCGCUGCUGGAGGCAGGGUUGGAUCUGAGCAUGGAGCCCGUGCUGGGGCCCACGCUGGAGCCCAUUCUAGACCAGAUGUCACAGGGAGUCCUAGAACCACACCUGGGGCCAGAACUGCAGCUGGAGCCUGUCCCAGAGCUCGAUCUGCAGACCAUGCCGGAACCGGAUUUGCCUUAUGAUCUGAGACACUUGAACACCGAGGACAUGGAAAUCUUUAGGAACAGCAUGAGGAUUGAAGAAAUCAUGCCCAACGGUGAUCCACUGUUGCCUUGCCAGAACACCACGGAUGAAGCUGACGUCUUCAGCCCCAGCCACUUCUAUGCAGAUGGGCCCUUGAGCCCUUCUGACUACUAGGAGCUACAUUUCCUCAGAUCUUUCUGUGCGUUUGCCCCUCCUCCUCACAUCAGGAUGUUGCUCUCCAAGGAUGGGACAUGAGGCAUGUGCCCCUUCUAAACUGGGUUAACCCUGGGGGGUGUGAGGGAGAAGCAUAAUAUGGGUAAGGCAGAGGCAGCAAUGCCUCAGAAGAGAUGUUACCCGUGGCUCCGACUAGGAGCCUGCGGGCUGCCUUUGUGCCGGGAGGUACGGGCAUUCAAGGGCAGGCCAGGACAGUUAGGAGGCACCUGUAAGGCUCAGGGCAGUGGCUUCUUUCCAGUAUAGAAGGCUUUCAACAUCUUAGUGACUGAUAAGACUAACUCAUCUUUCUGGAAUGCCCUUUCUGCUUAAAGCAGCUCUGACUUCCGAUCCCGCAGUGCCUGGGGACUCCUGUCAUUGACCAAAUACACUUUUGGCCAAGAAAGCAGGGAAGGAAGCCCUGGGCCAAGGAGCAAGAGAGGGCCAAGCUUAGGAGCCAUACUUCCCAAUUGCAUUCCCUUGUAACCUCAUUCAGCUUGCUCAGCCUUAGCAGGGAUUAUGGCCAAAAAGAUCCCAGUUACUCUAUAUACCAAGGGGUCACGAGGUAAGACCCCUUUCCACCGUAGCCCUGCAGAGCAGAAGGAUGCAUUUUUUAGUGCUUUGGCCCUAUUUUUCCAUUCUGUUUCUUUUUACUGACAAGCCUAGACUUAGAGAUCCACAUAAAUAAGUCUUUAUUGAAAAAAGUACAUAAUUCAGUAUAAAUAUAAUAAAUAAUCCUCAUCCCCAAGCUCCUGCCACUAUAAAUAAUCCCAAAAUUCCCUUCCCAUGUAAUAAAUAUUCAGCCUCUCCUAGGUCAACAUCAUAAGUCAGUCAGUUUUGGUAAUUUUUCAACAGAAUAAGUCUCAUUAAAAUUAACGGACUGAUGAACUUGUUGGCUCACAGGUGUCCAGGUUGAUAGACUGAUCUUAGCGUUACUGAGCCAUGGAGGUCUGGGUGCCAUCCUUGAGCUUCUGGCUUUAGGGGCUCAGAGUUGCUGCUCCAUGGGCAAAGACCCGGGCAGCUACAGCCACAAAGGCCUGGAGGCUCCGAAGGAUCUUGAGACGGAGAAGGAGGCGCUGCCAUGGCUGGCUGGGAGUAGGGCUUGGCGUCUGCUCAGUUUCCCAGUGGUGACCCUCGGGCUGAAAGGACACAGGACACCAUCAGAGAGGACUCUAUAAGUCGUCACCCCACCCCUACCCCAGGCCCCGUCUCUGACACCUGCAAGCCCCUCUCCUCCAGGCCCCUAGUUCAUACCUGCAAGAGUUCCCUGAGGCCCAGUACGGAGGCGUGAAGCUGGUCCACAGGGCCAUCUGGGAGUAGAGAAGGCUCUCCUGUGAAAAUGUCUGAACCCAGCAGCUUCUCGUAAAAAACCAGGCCUUGAUGAAUCCUUUGCAAGCAGGACUAGGGGGGAAAGAAAGCCGUGAAAGAAAACGGAUACGGGGACUUCCCAGGCGGUCCAGUGGUUAAGAUGCCACGCUUCUGCUGCAGGGGCCAUGGGUUUGAUCCCUGGCUGGGCACAGCACAGCUCAGCCAAAAUCAAAAUGAAAGAAACAAAACAGAUCCCUUCUAAUUACUCCACCAAAGACUCACCUGAUAUUUACCAUUCUUAAGACAUGGCUGUGAUCUGAAUGUUUGCGUCCCUGUGAAAUUCAUAUGUUGAAAUCCUGACCCCCAGUGUGGUGGUAGGAAAUGGUACUUUUGGGAAGUUACUAGGUCAUGAGGAUGCAGCCCUCAUGAGUGGAAUUAUUGCUCUUAUAAAAGAGACCCACAGAACUCCCUACUCCUUCCCACAAUGUGAGGAGACAAGAAGUCUGAUCUGGAAGAGGGCCCUCACUUAACCACACCGGCAUCUUGACCUCAGACUUCCAGCCUCUGGAGCUGUGAGAAAUAAAUGUCUGUUGUUUAUAAACUA